UCCUCCAUCCUCGAGUACUCACUCUCGAUCUAGUCCGUGAUAGCUUGCAUAUAUAUUUUGAAAUCUCCGCCGUCUCUAGGCCGGCCGGCCGGCCAUCUCUCUGAGCUAGCUACCUUAGUUUCUGAUCGAUAUGUCUAUGGUGGAGGUUAGAGUUCCAAACUUGGAUUGCGAAGGAUGUGCUGCUAAGCUAAGAAAAGCUCUUUUAAAGCUCAAAGGGGUGGAUGAUAUAGACAUAGAAAUGGAGACACAGAAGAUCACGGUGAGAGGUUACGGAGUUGAAGAGAAGAAGGUGGUAAGGGCUAUUAAGCGAGCAGGCAAGGCGGCGGAGCCAUGGCCUUACCCGGUGGGUUACUCCCAUCUGGCUUCGUUUUACCAGUAUCCCAAUCACAUUGCCGCCGGUUACUACGACUCCAUUUCCUCCAGAAACGUGGCCGCCCCCAGUGUGCAUACCUUCUUCCACACUCCUGCUGUCUAUUCUGUCGCUGUGGCUCCCGACGAGGCUGUUGCUUCUCUUUUCAGCGAUGACAAUCCACAUGCCUGCGCUAUUAUGUAGUCAUCCUACCUAGCUUCCAUCCUUCCUACCAAUAAAUUAAAUGUACAAGUUUUGCCAGCAGUUUCUUUUUUUUUUUUUUUUUU